AUGGCUGAAAAGCGCGCUGUAUUUACGGAAAAGGGUGUUCCACCACUCCCUGUUUUGUCCCAAGCCGUUGUUCACAAUGGAAUGAUAUACUGUUCGGGUAGCGUCGGCCUUGACCCGGCCACAAAGGAGAUGGUAUCGGGAGGAGUUGGCCAAAGAACCGCGCAAGCAUUACAAAAUCUUAAGGUUGUCCUUGAGGCUGGUGGGAGUAGCGUCAAAAACGUCGUGAAAGCCAACGUGUUUUUGACUUCGAUGAAAGAUUUCGUGGAGAUGAACAAGGCCUACGAGUCUUUCUUUGCAGAUGGAGUUAAACCAUGCCGCACCUGUGUAGCAGUGAAGGAACUGCCUUUUGGAACUGAUGUUGAGAUUGAAUGCAUUGCAUAUCUGGAUAAACCACAUUCAAAGCUCUGAAGCCUCUAAAUGUACAAACAUAUAUCUUGUAUAUAUGAUGUUUCAAUCCGAAUACCCGUUUUCAAUUGGAAUAGACCGGGGUUUACAAUUCUUGACA